UUUUACUUAGACACAGCGAUGCUUUGCUAACUUGCUCACAUUGAUGAUGUCAACUGACUGAUGUCUCUUAGCAAUAAAUACAAAGUACAGCUGAAGCCGAUGGGAAUGUCUUUAGUUUUGCAUGUUUGAUUGUUAACAAAAGUAUUGAACAUGUUUAAUUUUGUGCAAUUUAUAUCCAGCCUUUCUGCCAUUCUGAUUGGUUUAGGAAAUGCAAACAGUACAGAAUGUUUUCUUUCAGCUUUCAGAAUGAUAGAGGAUUUAACCUUUCUGUUAAUUUAUGAACCACAAACUGCCUCUCACCACACUACAGGGUUCCCAGCAGGACCGGCAGUAUUGAGGAACAGAACCCAUCACUAGACCCCGUUGUUUAGCUAUCUCUGUGAUGAUGACCCAGGGGUUGAUCUCUGAGCUAUUCAUUGUGUCCCUGGUGGCUCUGCUGCUGGUUCUGAUGGUCCUACUGGUUCUAUGCUGGGUCCUCAGACGCAACAGAAGCAGAAACCUCACAGAGCUGAAGAUCUCAGCAGGACAAUCCACUGGUAUCCUGACCAUUAGAACUGAACCAGACCAUGCUGACCAGCUUCUGGACCGCCUGUUGGACCGAGUAUUUAUCCAGGAGGCACACAGACCAGGAUCUGGAGACAAAUUUGAAAGAGAACCCAGAGCAGAACCUGGACAAGAACUUGGAGGAGAAUGUGGAUCAUGUUCUGGACCAGACCCGGAGGAUUCAUCAGCAGCUUCUUCCAGCAGAGGUGUUACUGAAUAUUCAGCUGGAGUAACAGCAGGAAACCCUUCCUAUUACAAACUGUGGAAAGCAACCAUUGUUGCAAGUCCCCCUGCAGUAUAAUUAACAUCACAUUGAUGUUCCCCACUCCAGCGACUCCUCCUGCUUCUCCUUCUCCCGCCAAUCAGGAUCACAUGGACAACCCUAUCCCUCAGCUUUCAGGUGCAGCCAAGCAUGUCUCUUUCUCCUCUCUGGAUUCGUUCUAUUACUACUGGGAUGAGGAGCAACAUGAUCAGUCUCAACUUUAGAGGGAAAUAAAGGAACCACCUAGUAA